AUGUCAUCUGCAGACCCACCGUCCCCGGAAGCCGUGAAAACAUCCCGCUAUACCCAUCGCCAUUUACAUUUGUUGCGCCAGGGCUCGACGGCGACACCUUUGCGUACUAUUGCUCAUAUCGACCUCGAUGCUUUCUACGCACAGUGUGAGAUGGUCCGUCUGGGCACGCCCCGGGACACUCCGCUCGCAGUGGUCCAAUGGGGAUCCCUAAUUGCAGUAAACUAUGCUGCGCGACCUUCGGGAAUCACCCGCAUGGUCUCUGCCUCCGAAGCCCGCUCGCUAUGCCCCAAUAUCGUGCUGCAACAUGUGGCAACCUUUCGCGAAGGUGAGGGUGGUCGAUGGGCGUACCGUGAUGGGUCGGCUAGGGAUGUUAAGACAGAGAAAGUUUCUCUUGACCCAUACCGCGCUGAGUCCCGCAAAAUCCUGCGAACCAUGGAAUCUGAGCUGCAAAGAUGGCGCACAGAUGAGUCAGAAGGGGACUUAUACCGACUAACUCAGGGUCUAUCGGCUGGCCUGGAAAAGGCCAGCAUUGAUGAAGUCUUCAUUGAUCUGUCUCCGUUGGUCUAUUGUGUCUUGCUACGGAGAUAUCCUGAGCUCCGGGUCAAUGCGCUGGUUGAGAAGAGAGAUGAGGCUCUCCCGCCUCCACCAACAACUGCGUUGGAAUGGCACCCCGAAGAAUGCUUGAUUGAUUUGGAUACCCAAGAAAGCGAGGAAGAUAACCCUGACUGGGAUGAUCUUGUCAUGUUAACAGCGGGAGAAAUCGUUCGAUCCGUCCGGAAAGCCGUAUGGGACAACCUCCAGUAUACUUGCUCGGCUGGCAUUGGCCGCAAUAAGAUGAUCGCCAAGCUCGGAAGUGCCUGUAAUAAGCCCAACAAGCAGACCUUGGUGCGAAAUCGAGCCGUGCGGUCCUUUCUAAGCAGCUACAAGUUUACCCAGAUCCGUAUGCUGGGAGGAAAGCUAGGAGAUCAAAUAAAGUCCUACUUCGGAACAGACCAGGUGAGCGAUCUUCUCAACGUGUCUCUUGAGCAGUUCCGAGCGAAGCUCGACGAUCACACUGCAACGUGGCUGUAUGGAAUCAUUCGCGGGGAGGAUCGCAGUGAAGUGAAUCCUCGAACGGAGAUUAAGUCAAUGUUGUCGGCAAAGUCGUUUCGCCCAAGCAUCAACUCGGUCGAGCAAGCCGAGAAAUGGCUUCGUAUCUUCGCAGCAGAUAUUUAUGGCCGACUUGUGCAGGAUGGCAUACUUGAAACCAGGCGCUUGCCUCGGGUUAUAACUCUAUACCAUCGAGUCACCGUAAUGCGUUCCCGGCAACUUCCCAUUCCAGGAUCCAGCUCAAUUGACGAGGAUACGAUUUUUUCGCUCGCACAACAAUUGCUACAGCAAGUUGUUGCUGAUGGACAAGCAUGGCCCUGUUCGAACUUAUCACUAAGCGUAAGCAGCUUUCAUGAUGGCAUCACCAAGAAUAAGGCAAUUGAGGAUUUUUUGGUCCGUGGUGACCAAGCCAAGUCUUUGAGUCAUUCAUCUAGACCCCGCGAGCCUGACUCUCCGGAUGAGCAAGCGUCGGGACAAAAGAAACAGAGAGUCGACAACGGCGGAAUCAAGCGCUUCUUCAACCAACAAACCUCGUCUGAACAUAUGGCUGUGGCCGGUGAGGGCAUUCCUGGUCAAAUAGAGUCAGACCCAGGCCAUGCAGAUUCAGGCCCUGCACUUCCUAAUACACCUGAGCCUCCGCAAGAUUCGCUAGAAAUACCGCAUUUCUUCUGCGAGAGAUGCUCGCAAUCUAUUUCAGAAAUUGAGAGGGAAGAGCACGAUGAUUGGCAUUUUGCUAAGGACCUACAAAUGCAAGAUCGGCAAGAAGCAAGGUCUUCUCAACCACUACCUCGACCUGCUGCUAGCUCGAAGCCAUCAAAUCCCCGGGGCCGGGGUGGUCGGGGAAGACGGAGAAAGGCCAAAUGCGGCUGGCAUUCUAGUUAA